AUGUCGCCUGCUGUCUAUCCUUACACCGUCACAAACAGCUACAAAGGCCGCAAUGUGCGGCGCGCUUGGGAUGGCGAAGACUAUCGUCCACCAAAGCGCCUCUGCCUCAACGACGCCUGGAACGCGCCCUCUACCGCGGCGUCAAGCGAGAAUGCAAUCCACCCUCUCGAUCUCGAAGACAGCCUCGAACGCGCCAUUCGAGAAACCAGUGUCGCGGCUCUAUCAUCCUCACCUUCCCGAAAGAACAGCACCGUCUUCUCUGCAGAGUCCCACGAAGAAGACAUGGGCUCUAGUACAAUCACGCCACCCUCCUCGCCACCGCCUGGCUUGCAACUAACACCACCUAAUGCCAAGGCUCGAAAGCCUACAUUCUCGUUCCUCGACAAGUCUAAGAAAGAGAAGAAGGAUCUCAAAAACGCAAAGCGGAAACGCGAGGAGCAGACGAGCGGACCGAGUGGGCCUGGAAGUACGCGUCACGAUUCCGAACCGCUAUGCGAAAUUUUCAACUCUAGCACACGCGUUCAAAGCUCGCAUUCUUCGGGCAAUGAGCCCAUGCUUCAGCCGGCUCCGGAGAGGACGCCCGUGGCGCGACCAACAAUACAGGUCCCGAAGCCGGCGCCACCGAAACAGAAACUCGUUCAAACAAUACUCGAUCUAGGUCAGCCGCUUGUCCCUACCACAUGUUCACAGUGCCAAAUGUCCUACACGCCUUCACUUCCAGAAGACACGCAAUUGCACAAUAUGUACCACAAUCGCGACAGCUCGGGCAUUGAACUUGGAAAAGCAUUUCUCAAGUCAGCGAUGCGAUGGUGCUAUCAGGUCUCGCAUAUCCCGGGCAGCGUUGUUGUGGUGGAUCGAAAGAUGGCCCUCCCCAGUCGACGCGUGGUUCAGAAGGUGCUAGGGAUCGUAAACAAGGAGCUCGGCAGCGUGGAUAUCAAAGAGGAGGAGUUGUGGAGCCAGCGCAUUCCAGACGGAGAAAAGGACGAGGAAUCGGGUGGCCGCAAAUGCGACAGAUUCAAGGCUUUCUUGCACAUUAUCGACGAUAAGUGUGUCGGUAUUUGCCUGGCAGAGCGUAUCACCAAAGCCCAUCGGGUCUUACCAUGCGAGACCACAACCAGCGAGACAAUCCCUCUGACUGCUCACUUCAACCCUGUUGGUCCAGCUUCACCCGCAGCCACCGAAACGAAUGACGAGGACAAUAAUCGAAUGGCGCAGAAACCGCAAAUUCCCACCCCGAUUGCAAGUCCCACCUCGUCAUCGCAUCCGUCAAGCAUCAGCAUCUCCGAGGAGACAUAUCCAGCCGUGGUGGGCGUCAGUCGAAUUUGGACGAGCAAGGCUUUCCGUCACAAAGGCAUUGCGAACAAUCUUCUAGAAUGUGUUAUGAGCCAAUUUAUUUACGGCAUGGAAAUUGAGCCAGCGCAAGUGGCGUUCAGUCAGCCCACCGAGAGCGGUGCGGCCUUAGCGAGAGCAUGGUUUGGGGAGGAGGAUGGGUGGGCUGUUUACAGAGAAGAAUAA